UCUGCUUCUUGCGUCUCACCGUCUCCUUGCAACUCUAAGCUCUCCCUCAGUCCGUCUCGCUCAGCUUCAUUGGUUAAGGUUCUACGCUACGUUUUGGACCCUGUACGGCUGUACUAUCCUUCCAUUUCUGUAUAGAAACUCGUUCCUGACUUGCAUACACAUCGGUACCAUCAUUCCACAAAUCGUGCCGAAAAAUGAAUCCUCGGCCACAACCGUCGCCACCUCACGAUGAUGACGACAACAACGAGGAAGUCUUCAUUGACGAGUCUGAUAUUCUGCAAGAAGUUUCCAUGGACAAUGAAGACCUUCCAGAUGCCGAUGAUGACCAAGAUUCGGAUCUCGAACAUCUCGAUGAGGCUGAUGAUUCUGCGCAUACGUUCACUGGUCAUACUGGCAAUAAUGGUUGCAAGGGAAUUUAUGGUGAUUGUGUGUGUGUGUGGUUUCUUCACUUCUUGUGCAGGGGAGUUGUACUCAGUUGCAUGCAGCCCAAGCGAUGCAAGGUUGGUGGCAACAGGGGGUGGUGAUGACAGAGGAUUUCUCUGGAAGAUCGGCGAUGGAGUUUGGGCUUCUGAGCUAAAAGGUCAUAAUGAUUCUGUAUCUAGUUUAGCUUUUAGCCACAAUGGACAGUUUCUUGCAUCCGGAAGUUUAGAUGGAAUUGUUCAAGUAUGGGAUGUUUUUGGAAAUCUGAAAGGCACACUGGAAGGUCCUGGAGGGGGAAUUGAGUGGCUCAGGUGGCAUCCGAGAGGACACAUACUCUUAGCUGGUUCUGAGGAUUCCACUGUUUGGAUGUGGAAUGCUGAAAGAGCUGCUUUUCUUAAUAUGUUUGCUGGUCACGGAGCUAGCGUGACCUGCGGUGAUUUUACUCCUGAUGGGAAAAUAAUAUGUACUGGUUCAGAUGAUGCAACUCUGAGAAUAUGGAAUCCAAAGAGUGGAGAAAACAUUCAUGUUGUGCGGGGUCAUCCGUAUCAUACUGAGGGACUAACUUGCUUGUCAAUAAGUUCAUCGUCAACCCUUGUCCUUACUGGUUCCAAGGACGGAUCUGCCCAUAUUGUGAAUAUCUCUACUGGGAAGGUUAUUAAUUCCGCGCCUCUUCAUUCAGAUUCCAUUGAAUGUGUUGGUUUUGCGCCAAGUGAUUCCUGGGCUGCAAUUGGGAGUUUGGAUAAAAAACUUGUCAUCUGGGAUAUAGAGCAUUCCUUAUCUCGUGCCACUUGUAACCAUGAGGAUGGAGUGACAUGUUUGGUGUGGCUUGAUGCUUCGUAUUUGGCCACUGGAUGCGUGGAUGGAAAAGUAAGAUUAUGGGAUAGCCGGUCCGGUGAAUGCACAAACACAUUCAGGGGGCACGAAGAUGCCAUUCAGUCUCUUUGUGUGUCUGCUGAUCACAAUUACGUUGUCUCGGCUUCAAUGGAUGGAACAGCUCGCAUUUGUGGGAGGAGUUAAAAGAAGUUUAAAUAUUUACAUUUGUGUAUCCUAUGGUUUUGAUUGAGGUGCCAAUUCAAAAGAUAAAGGAAUGCAAUCCUGAAAAUUGCUUUUGAAAGAAUCUUAAGAUACUAAUUUUGCUCUAGAAAAUUUAGGACUUAAAGCUAUUGUCUAGGAUUAUUAGAAUGGAAGUAGUUGAAAUUUUUAAAGUAAAGUAAAGAAAACUAUGGAAUGUAUCAAUAUACGAGACGUUCAAAGUUAAAGUAGUUUAGUUUAGCAUA